AUGCGACCCAUUUGGGAGUCGGCCAGCAGGCCGCUGUUUGUACGCUCUGUGUGGCGGGAGGCCAUCGGGAGGCGACACUUCAUACUCGACUACGAGCCGCGACAGAGGCAGCGCUGGAAGCGACAGAAGACAAGGCUGAGAGGUAACUACCAGCAAACCCAAUCCUGUGAGAUCUUCGAGCAGUCCACGGAGGACGAUAGUGUCGAGUACCUGGAUGAGUACCUGUUAUUGGACGCCACCAAGCUGACGCUGCAGCAGCAACAAUCCCUGCCCACAAUGAGUGGCCGUCCAGGACAAAUCCCAGCGACAAGCGGUGGACGAGAGCCGCGGCAGAGUAGUCGCCAGUCCAAGAGGCGGGCUUGGCUGCUGAGUCGAGGGCGCACCUACCAUUUAGAUCAGCACCUGGGAGAGCAUCAAUCACGGCGCAGUUCCCUCCAGGAUGCAGGUAGCGUCCUCACCCCAACCGCUAACAAUCCCGAAGAGCGACUGGCCGAAAGAGUGCUCCACUGGCUGGACUUGGCCGGACGGACGGACAUUGUCAAGGCUCCGGCGCCCGAUCCGCCGGCCACCAGCAGUGCUCAGGUGGCUAGAUCCGCUCAAAGGAUGCAACGUAGCCACCAUCGAACUAUAAGUCUUAAGCGCGUGGCCACGGCAGCAGCGAAUCACCAAAGAUCGCUGGCUAGGAAGCCCAGUGCCAAGCCGUUGCCGCCGCAGCAGGCCCCCGCCCAGCAGGUUAUUAACACCUCCUCGUCCGCCUCGAAUGCCAAGCCCAUCACCAUAAUCUUCAACAAGGAGGGCGUGCCUGUGCGACUGAACCGUCCUGCCCGCAACAUCGAUCUCUGCGCUCUGAGCAGCAGUGCCAACACCACGCGCCGCUUGGCGGGACAGUUGGCCUCAGCCCGCUUGUACAGUGGAGCCACUGCAUCGCCGCUGUCUGAGGAGGCGCGAACGCCGCCUCUAAGCAGUCGUGGCAUGGCAUCUGCCGCUUCGGACAGCCGCAAGCAGCUUCACAUAUUCAUGCCUAGCCUGCCCAAGAAGGGAUUGUUGGCAGCGAGUUCCGCAGAGGGAAGUGGCAUUGGAGGUGCUAGCGAGGAUGCCCUGAGCACCAGCUUCAGUGAGCUAUGCCAGCUGUAG